AUGUCUUCCGCUCCCACUUCGUCUCGCUCUCGCCGCCGCCCUCGUCCUCGCGCUAUCCCACGCUCGACCACCCCUGCCGCUCCAUUGGCUCCAGAGGAUUAUGAAUGGUUGUGGUGCGACGACAAUUCAAAGAUUACUCAGUGGUUCCUUACCAAGUCGCUCUCAACAUACGAGGAGUUUUACGUCUCAUUCAUCAACUUCGCCAACACGGCCUGGGAGACUUCACACCGCGCUGACCGUGCACCAUUGGACGCGCUGGCAGAGUUCGUUGUGGGGCUUCUCGAGAAGGAGCAAAUCCCUGCCAAUGAGAUGCUGGUUGCGCUGGAGGAAUACGCGGUCGAUCCUUGGAAGAAGAGGCGCCAGAACGAGAAGAAAGGUCUUGUCAAAGUUCACCCUGGACUCAAUGUCCACGACUUGACCUACGGCAAGUCCAAGCUGCAACAAAAGGUUACGGCAUACCUUCGCAAGACUGAGAAACAACUUCGCGUCGCCCACCCCCAGGCUUCCGAAAGAGCCACCAUGGCUGAUCAGCAACCCCUGCCUGCCUUUACGGCACCCUCACUGGCCUCAACUUUGUCGGUUCCAGCCAAGUCUGAUGGCCUGCUCUUCGUUGGAGGCAGAAAGGUUGUCAAGGAAGAUGAUGUGGAUAGUGUCGAGUAG